AUGUCCGAGGUGAAGAGCCGGAAGAAGUCGGCGCCCAGGGCAGCGUCCUCGGAGCCCCGGAAGAGGAGCGAGGGCGGAAAGUGCCCCGAUGCCCGGGACGGUGGAGGCAGGGGCUGGGCGGACCCCCGGACAGGCCUGAGCCUGCUGUCGCUGGGGACAUGUCUGGGCCUGGCCUGUUUCUUACAGUGUCAGAAGUUUGAAGCUCUCAUGGAACAACUGAAAUCUUUUCAAAUAAUUGUUCAUCUAAAGCAUCUCCAGGAGGAAAUAUAUGAGGUGAAAAUUUGGUCCACCAGGUUAACUGAAAAACAGGAUAUAUUGAACAACAGUUUGACAACUCUUUCUCAAGAAAUUACAAAAGUAGAGCAAAGUACAACUUCCAUGGCAAAAGAUGUUUCUCUCAAGAUUACAGCUGUAAAAACAGAUAUACGACGUAUUUCAGGUUUAGUAACUGAUGUAACAUCAUUGACAGAUUCUGUGCAAGAACUAGAAAAUAAAAUAGAAAAAGUGGAAAAAAAUACAGUAAAAAACAUAGGUGAUCUUCUUUCCAGUAGCAUUGACCGAACAGCAGUGCUCCGAAAGACGGCAUCUGAAAAUUCACAUAGAAUUAACUCUGUUAAGGAGACAUUGUCUGAACUAAAUAGUGAUUUCAGUAAGCACGUAGAGAGAUUUUUAAGCUUAGAAAGUGACAGAGCUAAAGUUCUGAAGGCAGUGACUUUUGCAAAUGAUCUAAAACCGAAAGUGUAUAACCUAAAAAAGGACUUUUCCCGUUUGGAACCGUUGGUGAAUGAUUUAACACUACGUAUUGGGAGACUGGUUACUGACUUACAACAAAGAGAGAAAGAAAUUGCUUUCCUAAGUGAGAAAAUAUCUAAUUUAACAAGAGUCCGAACUGAGAUUAAAGAUAUGAAAGAUGAACUAACACACAUUUCAGAUAUGGACUAGUUUGAAAUUUUCUUGAUUAGACUGAAGUAACUUUUUUUAAUGGAACAUUUUCAUGUUAUAAAACAACUGAUAAAUCAGAAAUAAUGAAAUUUUGGAAUAAAUACCAUUUUGUAUUGAUUCUAUUUUAUAAAGUAAAAAUGGCAUUUUUAAAAAGGCAUUGAACAGGUGAUUUUCCAAAGUAAACAUGCUAAGAC